UAGUAUCUGAGUACGUCCUCAACGGUGACCGCAUCCAUUUCGAUCCCGGCAUCCCCGCGCCGCUUCGCGAUGUUCGCCCAGCGGGCCGCCGCCAUCUGCGUCAAGCUCGACCGCGACGACGACCCCUCCGGCGCGGGGGCGGGCUGGUGCAAGCGGCGGCGCCUCUGGGCCACGGCGGACUACGAGCCGACGCGCGCGCUCGGCGAGGGCGGCUUCGGCGCCGUCGUCGAGGCGCGGCACCGCUCCACGGGCCAGGCCGUCGCCGUGAAGGCGCUCCGCGCGCCGGUGCCGGCGCUAGACGGAGCCGGGGCGGCCAAAGCUAGCGCGGACGCUGCCGACGAGGCGCUGCGCGAGGCCGAGUUCCUCGCAGCCUGCCGCGGCCACCCGUCCCUCGUCAACCUCCACGCGCUCGCCAUCAACCACGGCACGAGGGAGGUCGCGCUCGUCAUGGAGUGCGUCGGGCCCAACCUCCACGACGUCCUCAACGACGGCCGGCACCGCGGGGGCCGGCCGUUCCCGGAGUCGGACGUGCGGCGCAUCACGCGGCAGCUCCUCGGCGGGGCCAAGCACAUGCACGAGCGCCGGAUUAUGCACCGCGACAUCAAGCCCGGGAACAUCCUUGUCGUCGCCGGCGCCAGUGGCGAGCCCAUCUCCGUCAAGAUAUGCGACCUCGGGCUCGCCGCCUUGGUCACAAAUCCGCCGCCGUACGAGCGGGCCGGCACGCGCCGGUACAUGGCACCGGAGAUGCUCCUGGGGAAGACGGACUACGACGCCAUGGUGGACAUGGGGCCCCUUGGCUGCGUUAUGGCAGAGCUCCUCAUGGUGAAGCGGAGAAAGUGGAAGAAGGAAUGGAUGGACUCGUCUCUCAUGUUAAUGAUAAAGAAGCAGAUGAAACCCCAUUAGCAAAUAGUGACAGGAUGGGUAGUGAAGAAGGAUCUGCUCCUUGUAACCAGGAGGACC